AUGCCAAGCGCUGUCGCCCGCACACACCAUGCAAACGCUCCGGACAACCACCACCUCGAGUUCCUCCAGUUUCAAAGAGCCAAGCAGCUUGAAAGAGCACCUAAGCCUGCGCCACUCUCGGCCGAGCAGCAUGCUGCGAACCGGGAGUGUCUUAGCACUGUUCGAUUCGUGAAGCCCAAGUACUCUGCUGAAACAGAGAUCAACGUCUCCGGCAUCUUUGGAAGAUGGAAACGCUACUGCGUUGAGAAGGAGGUCGGCGACUGGCGAGCGACGCUUGUGAACCUGACCCGUGCCACUACGAUGGACUUUUUCCUCUUCGUCUGCGGAAACUACAACGUCCGGUCGUGGGGCCGUUACAUGGAUAGAAACGAUGCGAAGGAAGUCUACAAGUACCAUCGCAAUGUUUUGAUCCAUCGCUUCAAUCUCCGAGCGCCGAACAUCGACGGCAAGCCGGUCCUCAAUGUCGACAGUCUCCGAGUCAUCCUGACAUUCAACAUCGCGUACGACACGAGUGCAUUCAGCCUCGGGCGUCAUCGGAUCCAGUUGACUGGAUGCUACCAGCUCCUAUGUUAUACUGGGGCCCGACCUGCAGAACUUGUGGAUGGCGAGAGAAAAGGUCCGAAGGAUGGCUCUCGAGAGAUUCUCUUUGGCAAGAGAGUCAUACAAGAAGUGGAAAACGAUGACAGCGCGGAUCAAACGCUAGACAAGCAAUCCGUGGAGCUCAACAAGAUGCUUCUACAGGAGACAAUCAAGAGAGGCCGCCCCAAAGCUCUCUGCUAUGAGGACAUUCUUUUGAUGCUUGUGCGGCACCCUGCUACGGGGAAGGCCGUAUUGGCCAUGGCCAUCAAGUUUAUCCACCACAAAGGAGCAGACAACAAGCCAAAGCCGACGAUUUUUUUCUUCACGCCUACAAGGAAACUAAUAUUUGACGCGAUCAUGGUCAUCGUGGCACUGGCCCUACAUGACCAUGCGUUCGAUGCGGCUUGCCUAACCGACGCGUAUAGUCUCCUCUCGAGGGAUGUUUGGGGUCCCCGAGAUUGCAUGCCAAUCCGCUGGAAGAAGGAGAAAUUGAAAGUCCCCGUUUUUCGCCGCAUCAGCGGUGCAACGCUGUCUGAAGACGAGGCGAUGCUCUACUCCAAGCUGAAUUAUGACAUGGGCCGACAGAGCCUCGAAUCCGGCCACGAGAAGGAAGGCUUGGACGCCUAG